CAGAGCUGGAGUCAGAAUAGGGGAGAAAGCAGCAGUCAACAGUGCACAGCUGUACAAGAUACACUGACAGUUGGAAGGAUGGGAAGUCCCUAAAACAUCUCCCGCCUUGACACCCAAGCAAAAACAGCACGCUGAGAUCUACUGAUGAAAAGUGCUAGAUACAGGAUCCCGACCACGGGAUGCUAUUUGAGGAAGGACUGCUAGGCAGAGAUGGCGUUCACCUUUCGAGGCGGGGAAAGACCCUAUUUGGACACAGACUGGCUAACCUAGUGAAGAGGACUUUAAACUAGGUUCGACGGGGACAGGCGAGCAAAGCUCACAGAGCACCCUCUGAAGGCUCACCAAGGAAGCCCCUGGUCUUUGGAAAGCUUUUUGGUCCUGGAUAAUCACAAUGGAGAGAUGUCAGGUGUCCAACUGCAGCAUGAAUACCAUGGACCUGAAAUGUUACAUGGUCCUUAACAGCCUCACUCAGAAAACAGGCAUAGCUGUGCUGUGCUCCAUUGUGGGGAUUCUGUGCGUUUUGGAAAACUCUUUGGUGUUGUAUCUGAUAUUUGCUUCCCCUAAGAUCAGAAAAAAGCCUUCCUACCUCUUGAUCAGCAGCUUGGCCCUAGCAGAUGUCCUGGCCAGCAUUGUAUUUGUCUGCAGCUUUCUUGAUUUCCAUGUCUUCAACAGAACUGACUCCUCUAAAGAGAUCUUCUUGCUGAAGCUUGGAGGGGUCAACACGUCCUUCACGGCGUCCUUGGGCAGCUUGCUGCUGAUGGCAUUUGAUCGCUAUGUCUGUAUCUAUCAGCCAUCGGAAUACAAGGUCAUCGUGACGAGGAAAAGGGCUGUGGUGGCCAUGGCUGUGAUGUGGAUCGCUACCAUGAUCACUGCCUUCCUGCCUCUAAUGGGGUGGAACUGCUGCAAGGUAAACUCACCCUGCUCUGAGCUGUUUCCCUUUGUUGAUAGCAAGUAUCUGUCCAGCUGGAUCUGCCUGGUAAUGAUUCUGCUGCUGUGUAUAGUCUACUCCUACGUCCGGGUGCUUUGGAAGGCUCAUAAGCACACAGUGUACAUGGAGAAACGCCAAACCCAGGCUGGGCAGCGGAAUGCAAAGAUGAGGAUGGACGUCAUGCUCGCCAAAACAUUAGUGAUGGUCCUGGCCAUUGUCAUGACGUGCUGGUCCCCAGUGCUGGCUCUCAUGACGUACAGCCUCUUCGUCAGCCUGAAUGAUCACAUCAGAAAGGUGUUCGCCUUCUGCAGCACCCUCUGCCUGGUGAACUCCAUGGUGAAUCCCAUUGUCUACGCCCUACGAAGCAGGGAGCUGCGCUCCUCUUUGAGGAACACUAGCUCGCGGUUCAGGAAGAAGGUGAGCAUCUCAGAGAGCUCCCCCGAAGCAGAGAGCACUCAGAAAUCCUCACCAAUAGAAACCAUCUGUGAUGACAUUGCGUGCAACACAGACAUGAAUCUGCUGAAAGGCUGAGCUUUGACGGGGGGAAAUGUCUGACAGAUUUUGGAUUGUUUCUUUGAAAAGAAAGAAAAUCGAAAGCUGCUUUUCUUUGUAGCUCCUGGGAGGAUUCGUGACUGCUGUCAUGAUAAAUCUGUUAGCACAUCAUUAAAUGUCUUAUUUAUUUUAAUAGUUAAACUCUAUACAGAGUAAGAAUAAAGAAUAUUUUCUCUGUGGCUUAGAAACCCUAGAGCAGGGGUGGGCAAACUUUUUGGCCCGAGGGCCACAUCCGGGUAUGGGAAUUGCA